UUCUCCCUUACUUCAAUGCAUUUUUCACUUUUCUUUUACUCCGUCUGAAACUUUUCAUUUGUCUUCUUCUUCUUCUUCUUCAUCAUCCAUUCAUCUCUGCCACUCUCUGCAACUUCCCAUUGAGACGUUACACCUGCUUCUAUUCCAUUAACUAUGAUGAGGAUCGACGCCAUCAAAGCUCCGCUUCCUGCAGGCGGCGGCGGAAAGGUCGGUGUUGGCCUCGAUGACGACAUGGCUGACGGAAUGCAAUGUAUGGACCAUCCUUACCGGAGCAAUCCUGGUGGAAUCUGCGCCUUCUGUCUUCAAGAGAAGCUUGGAAAGCUGGUUUCGUCUUCUCUCCCGCUACCUAUUCGAGGUUUGUCUUCUUCUCCUUCUUCUCCGUCGGUUGGAUCUGAGAGUAAUGUUAUUGCCGUCGUUGGCGGCGGCGGUGGUGGUGCUCCGUCGAAUGCGAUUUCGAUAGGCGGCUCUGCUACGAGAAGUGUUGAUUUCAAAGUUAAUAGGGUUGAUUGUCAUUAUAAUGAUACGAGGCGGGCCCGGAUCCCUUUUUUGUUGACUAAAAAGAAGAAGAAAUUGGUUACCGCUGGGGCUGAGUGUAAUCGAAUGAACGACGUCGUUUUCAAGAGGAGCAAGUCUACGACGGCGCCGAGGAGAGGGCAGUUUCUUGUAGAUGGUGACGGCGGCGAUUUUAGCCCUAGGAAGAGAGGGGGGUUUUGGUCAUUUAUCUACCACCACGCGCCGUCGUCAUCCAAAACUCUUGCGGCGAGGGAAGUGGAGAAUAGCAACAAGGGCAAUGGCGGUAAUCUGGCGGCAAACGGCGCCAUUUUAGAGGAAGACGAGAGUCCUAACAGCCAUACGACGUCGUUUGAACGGAAGGUUUCGAGAUCCAGAUCCGUCGGGUGCGGCAGCCGGAGCUUUUCCGGCGAUUUUUUCGAGAGAAUCUCUACUGGUUUCGGAGACUGCACGCUCCGUCGAGUCGAGUCUCAGAGAGAAAGCAAGUCGUCGAAGGGCUCCACAGUUGGAAACCCUAGCCACCGUAACGCCGCCGGUGUCGACCACCACUGUAUCAAAGAAAGAGUAAAAUGCGGCGGUUUAUUCAGUGGAUUCAUGAUGACUUCUUCCUCCUCCUCUUCAUCUUCCUCCUCUUACUUCGUUUCAUCCUCCGCCCACGAGCUCAGCCGUAAAACAACUCCGGCAAGAGCAGCGGCCGCUGGGCCGAUCGUAAGCGGCGGCCGGAGCAGGACCUGGGCGUGGGCAUUUGCAAGUCCGAUGAGAGCUUUCAAGCCAUCAAAUUCAAAGGAUCGAAAACGGUCAAUAAUCAGACAAGCAGCAGAAAACAAUCCAACACCGGAUUUGAACGCCAUUCCUUCAUUGUUAGCCGUGAGAAGCUGAAAUGAAAACAUUCACCGCUUCUCUGUUACUCUUUUUCCCGUUUGAUGAGUGGCUGAAGAUCCACGGGAAUCAUAAGGCGCCUUACCAAAAACCAGGUGCGUUUAGUUUAAAGCACAGUGGAUUUCCCCACUUCUCACAGUACAAACUUAAAAGAUAAAACAAAGAGAUGAAAAUUUGGAUCGAAUGAAAACAUAUAAUGAAAUUUGCUUUGUCUAUUUUGCCUAUGUAAUAUCAAAUUUGUAACUUGUCAAUUCUGAAUGUAACGUUUUCUGUUUAUUUU